CCCGGUUAGCAGCGUGCUCCUGCUGCCAAUCCAGGUGGCUUCCAACCAUUGGCUAAUAUUUUUGUUUUUAAUUACCUUUUUUUAUUUGCAGCUUUGGCUUAAUUUUGACAACCGACUUGUCGAGAUCUCUACGGCGACACAACUCCUAAGAUAGCAUCUCCUCUGUCAUCAUUAUUUCUAUUAGCCUACCUCCGGCGACCGACAAUCUGCCAUUAUAAUCUCUUAUGAAGUUAUUAUAGCAUCUCCUCUGUCACCAUUAUAAUGGCGUCAUAACGGUUAGUCAACUGCUGCCGCUGACAAUCGAUCGGAGGUUACAAAUCCUCAAAUUCAGAAUGACUAAUCUGAUCUGUAUUUCAAGUUUCAGGCGCCUGCGGCAAAAAAUUUCAGGCCAUCAGCAGCGAAGCAAUCACAAUGACGACUAGUCAAUGGAUAGAGUCCAGCGGAAACAAAAUAUUUUAAUACCUCAAUAUGGAAAAGUUGCAGAUAAUAGAAUAAGAAUAUAAUUGAAAAUAAGAAAACAACAAAUGAUUGAAAGACACCUGGGUUGGCAGCAGGAGCACGCUGCUAACCAAAUUCCAGCUAAGUAUUUCCCUAAAAUAUAUAUAAAUAUAUAAGGUGACUUCUACGGUGCCCAGGGCAAAAUCCGGGUACGGGUACCUUGGCCGAUCUUAACCAUUCGUUUUCAAUCUCCACGGUUCACGUUUGUUAAACCUUCCUGCGCACUAAAUAACUAAACAAUUUACAAAAAGGCUCUUGCCGCGUUAAGUUUUUUUUCAUCCUAGUCCAACUAACUGACCCGAUUAAAUUAAAUUGAUUAAGACUGCAAACCCAAUUGGGUAGACCCACUGCCGCCCUAACCAAUUUCCAGUCUCCCUAACCAAUUACACGAUCCCUCUCUCGUCUUGGAGGGACACCCCUUCACAGUUCCAAGAGACGCUCCCCAUCCAAUUUGAACUCCCCAACUUAAUCAUCUUUUUGAAUCCCAAUUACUUGCAUCCACAUUCGACGUAGCUUGAAUUUCCGAAUUUAUUUUGUCUUGUUUCUUCUUCGCCAUUUUAUUUCCCCUCGCCUAUCUCUUUCUAACACGAUUACGGCGACCGUGUCUAUUAUUUUGUUCAUCGAACUUUUCAUUUUCAAAAGAACCCUUGAAAGAGGUUUGCUAACCCUAGGGUUCAUGUCGCUAGUGCUUUGUCAUCUUGUCUUAGCGUUAUUGUGAUUUUCUCGAACCUUAUAUCUCUCGGUGAAAUUUAGGUUUCCUGAUAUGUAGUGUUCGUCUCGCCCAGAGGAUUGAGGAAGAAGAUGAAGAACACAUAAUUUGAUUCGAAUCGGAUGGAGAGGUCUCCUUAGUUUGUGUUUAUGUAUUAACGGUGCGUUUAGGAGUAAUUCUAGUUGGACUAGGUCUGAUCAUUGAUUUUUGCAGGCUUUUAAAUAAGAUUCAAACGUGGGCUUGUACAUGACCCAUGCAAUAUUCAAAAGUGGGCCUGGAACGUGCGAGCCCAUUUGUUUUCUCCUGCAGUAUCAAUUUGUGCGCCAACCCUAGUUUAACUAGCUUUACUUACCCUAGUUUAAGCUACACGAGUUAACAUCAUCAUUACUACAUAUCUUCCAAAAUCUUCUAACUCUUGACAUUCCAGACUCAACCGUCUCCAUCACACUCACGUCUCCACACUCAACCCCCACGAUCACUUUUUCUUACACCUACAUUCUCUCUUUCCUUCAUCUUCACCUUCCCUUGUUCCUUCUUCCUCUGACUCCAUGGCAAACAAAGGUAAAUCUUUUGCGGAGAUGGGGAUACUAUCUCUUUCAAACGAUGACUGCCGAUCCACCCCAAGUCUCGGGGACUAUCUUUCAUUCACAAGCAAGACAUCAAUUAUGGCCGAGUACGAGUUCAUCCACCUGAGUCCUUUCCCUGCAGAAGUGAAGAAGUUAAUUAAAAAUCUUGGCUGGGAAAAGUUCAUUGAUCUCCGGAGUCGAGGAAGCACCAGUUACUGCCCGCAUGUGGUGAGGAAGUUCUACCACAAUUUAGAGCUGUCUGGUCCCUGCGAUUCUCAUCUCGUGUCGAUCUUCCUGGGUUAUAGAGUCUGCUUCCAGCCUCAUCAGUUUGCUGAGAUCCUCGAUCUCCCCGCCGCAGGACACCCCAUUGAUAGCAGAAGCGGGCGGCUGUACGAUUUUGAGUUUGAAGUUGAACUGGAGAAACUGACGAAGGGGCGCAUCCAGGCUUCUUUCCUCCCAGAUCCUCUUCGAUUCCUCCACUGGAUGAUCGUCAACUGCUUCAUGCCAAGGUACCGUGGUCAUUCGAUUAUUCGUAAACUUGACCUGUUUAUCCUUGUGCAAGCUCAAAGAGGUGUUCCUGUUAACCUCGCAUCUCUCAUGUGCCUGAACAUGGUUGAGGCUGCUCCUAGAGGGGAAAACUGGUACACUGCCUUUCCAUAUGCCACCUUCUUGACCACCUUUCUUGAAAGGGUUGGGAUGGAUAUGGGGGUUUAUGCUAAGGAGGACCAGUGCGCCUAUUUGCCAGUCUACCGUAUCGUCGAAUUGACCAAUACUUUUAUUGAUCUUCGGCAUACGGAGCAUGAAGAGAACCCUGAGGCAUCCUCAAGCAAACGUCCUCGGCUUACAUGAGAGUCGAUUGAUGCAGGGCGGGGUGGAGCAUUGGAGCAGCAAAGGGGCCAGCAUUGGAUGUCUUUUGUUAAUAAGUUUACUUAGGCUUUGUUGGUUUUUUUUUUCCAGUCUUAUUCUCCAGCACUCAAAACUGUCAGGUACUGAGGGGAGCCAGUACAUCAUCUGACUAGGAAAGUCUCCCAUUUUUUUAAUUAUCCAGACAAAUAUUUUUCUAUGCAUGCAGUAUUUUGUGAAUUUGCCAUGGCUAAUUUUCCUAAGACAGGUGACGAGAUGCAGUAAUGGUCAUCCCUAAGCAAGGAGGUGCAAUUGCAUCCUACACUUGCUAUGAUGUGAGAAGCUAUUGCAAGGGUGCAAAUUUGCUUGCAAUUUAAAUUGGCCCACGAGUGGGGACCAUUGAUGAAAUUGCAAUCUUUUCUCAAAAUUAUAGAAGUGGAAGUAGGGGACUACCUAUGAAAUUGCAAAUGAAUUUCAUUGUGGGAG